AUGGUGGGAAUUUUCCAUAUCCUGGCAGACGAAGUCUGCGGGAAGGAUCUUUCCCUGGAGGAGUUUUUGGAACUUGGUCGGAAAUGCCACCUUGCCAGGUUGGGAAAGGAGCAGAUGGACCAGAUCGAAACCCUGUGUUGCGAGCAUGAGCAUGAUGUAGGAGGUCAAACCAUGCUGUUGGUGAAAGACGUGUCUCGCAUGUUGGAGAAGCUCCUGGGUAUUGAAAUGGACUUUGCCAUCAACGAUGCGGUGACUCAUGCCUGGGGAAAGGAAACGUUUCCUCACACGCACGUGACGCACAUGCAGUUCGCGGGCAUCGUCUCAUGGUAUGUGAAACGACGUGAGAGAGACUGGAAGCUGUUGCAGGGUGUCUUUGACAUGUUGGGUUGCGAGAAGCUGACGACGGAACUGACCCCCGCCUUGUUGCAGGAUUGUCGAACGCGGCAUUCUGACGAAACCGGAGAAGAUACGACUCCCAUGGAGGAGAUGAUUUGGGCCGCAGACUGGAUUCGCCGAGGAGAAGGCGGGGGCCAGCACCUGGAUACCUGCAGCCUGUUGACCGUUUUCCUCACCAACCUGCAACGUGGCAAAGGUUUGCUUCCUCCAAAGUGUGUGAUGUCGGAGGAAGGUGUGCGGCCGGACAAGGCCUGGAGAAGACAUGCAAACCGCGGCUUGAAGAAUCUGGCCUCAAUGUCGCUCAUUAAGGACGCUUGCUCCAAGAGGAUCAUCGUGGAUGAUGAUGAUGCUCCCAAGGCCUCGACGUCGCAAUCCACCAUCAGCCAAAGUCCCGGAUGGGCCACCUGGGUCGUGGACCAUUUCGAGAGGCCUGAAAGCUCCUGUAGCGCAGCGGUCAUUGUCUAUGGCAUGAUGGGCAUUGUUGUCUUGUCGGUGGGGGUUAUCAUUGCCGAGCCCAUCAUUUCGGGCAGCGACAAAGAGGCGUAUAGUUCCGAGGAGUUUGCCAUCUGGCUGGGCUUUGACAUUUUCUUCGCGGUGGUUUUCACUCUGGAACUGCUGUUGCGACUCCUAGCACAUAUGGCCAUGAGUCCAAAGGCUCCUUGUAUCGCCGGCUUCAUGUUUUUCUCAGAUCCGAUGAAUGUCCUCGACUUCAUCGCGGUGACAGAGAUAUACUUUGAUCAUGUCUUCCAUUUGCCAGUGUUGCGAACACUUCUGCUGGAGCGUUUCGCUCGCCUGGGUCGCAUCAUGAAGCUCUGCAGACUGAAAAGUUAUGGAUGCCCCUUUGUUGCACCACUGACCGCGACCUUGGUGGUGAUCCUCGGCACCUACAUGCUUCAGAGCGAGGCAGUUUAG